AUGGGAGGAACUUGCUGUGCAGAGCACAGAGAGAAAUCCGAGAAGAUGUAUGAUACUCGAGAGAUCUAGCACCUAAGUAAAAUCAAGAUUACAUUUACGGUACCUCCAAUGUCUCCUCCUAAGCAGAAGAAGAAAAAACCUGAUCCAGAACCUGUAAAAGAGUAGCCACCACCUGAACCAAUAAAGCAGCCCGACCCUGAACCAAUUAUUGAGGAGCAACCCAUCAUUGAAGAGCCCCCAAUAAUUGAAGAGCAACCGAUACUUGAUUCUCCAACUAUAGAAGAAGUUGAACCACCUGUCGAAGAAGAAGAAUAAGUUGUUGAGUAGAUACCUAUCAUAGAAGUUUAGCAACUCAUAGAGGAAUAGCCAGUGAUUGAAGAACCACCUAUUGAAGAGCCUCCUGUUGAAGAGAAAUCACCAGUGAUUGAGUAGCAAGAAGAACCAAUAUUUUUAAAAAUGCCUCAGCCAAAACAAAUGAGCAGGAAAUCUUAAGUUGUAAAGCUAGCGAUAAUGGAGGAAGAAGAUGAAGAUGCUGAUACUUAACCCUCAACGAUGUUUGAACAAUCAUAAACUGUCUAGCUGUCACCUUAAAUGAAACCUAAAUAGGUCUUCUAAAAGAUCUACAAAGCAGUCAAAGGUGAUGCUGUCGACGAAGUAGUUUAAAAGAUAGUAUUUGAUCUUAAGUGCCAACUUCCAAUUAUUAGAGUAGCAUCUGGUAAAUAUUUGAUUGGAACUGAUCUUAAAAUGCUUAUGAUUAAAGGUACAAUUUGUAUGGUUAGAGUCGGUGGAGGCUGGGAGCGUUUAGAAGAUUAUAUCAAUAGAGUAUAGGACUAGGAAAUCGAUAAAAUAAAGAGACUCAUGACUGAAGUUCAAAAGCCUUAUCAACUCGUAAUGGUUGAUCUUCUCAUUAACAUUAAUGCUGAACAGACAGUCAUUUAAAACUAUCAGAGAUACAGCAAAUACAACAUCCCUGAUAAAUGUCUCCCUCAAGAAUAUAGAAGAAAGUCAGUGGCUUUUUGA